AUGGCCUUCCACGCCAUCUCAACGCCAACGCAACAUGUGCAGUUGCACGUGGAUGCCAAGCCAGCGCCGCCCAAGUUUGCGCUCGUCCCGCACAUCGUCGCGGGGUUGCUCAUGCUCUACUCCAUCUUUGCCAUCACGGUGAUCUACACGCCGAUGACGGCGCCCAUCACGACGUCGUUCAUCAACCCGCUCUGGGACAUCAACCCCAAGGUCAAAAACUCUGGCCACUCGGAGAUGGUCAACUACACGUACCUCUUCUUCGCCGUGAUUUUGCCGCUCUUUGUCGCCUACUUGAUCGUCCGUUUGGCCACUCGAGGCGCGACGUUCCCGGUGCCGGCGCUCUCGCACAUGCUCCAGCGCAAGCCGCGCUUCUUGUGGUCGCUUGUGAGCUACGGCGAGGUCCUCUUCUUGCUUCUCGUCGUCGUCGGCAACGUCGUUUUCUUCUACUACUUUUAUAGCCCGCGCAUCAAGCCCACGACCAAGACGCAGGCCAAGAUCGAAACCGCGGCCAAGACGCUCGGCUUCUCGACCUUGUACAACAUGGUGUUCCUCGCGCUGCCCGCGUCGCGCCACUGCUUUUGGAUGGAGUGGCUCGGCAUUCCGUACGCCCACGGUGUCAAGUACCACCGCUGGCUCGGUAUCGUCGUGAUCCUCUGCGCGGCCGUGCACACGGCGUUCUACGUCCAAGUGUUUAUCGCUGACAACGAGUCGCUCAUGCUGCUGCCGUGCUUCAACUGCAACGUGGCCAAGGAAGGCAAGAUGAACUGGAUCAACACAUUUGGCUGGCUCUCGUUCCUGAGCAUGUUUGUCAUGGGCCUCACGUCGCUCCCGUACGUGCGCCGCCACUACUACAAGGUGUUUUACUACACGCACUUUCUCUUCAUUCCCGCCACGGCCUUUGCGAUCAUGCACUGGGGCAACAUUGCCAUCUGGCUCUUCGCCACCAUCGUGCUCUACAUUGGCAACCGCAUGCUCUCGUCUGCGACCAUCCAAGCGCCGGUCGUCAUCCAGAAGGCCGCCGCGUACCCGCACGAAGUGACCGAGUUGACCUUCGAGUGUGCUACGUCGUACCAAGCCGGCGACGUUGUCUACCUCAAGGUGCCGUCGGUCUCCAAGACGCAGUGGCACCCGUUCAGCGUUGCGUCGACGCCGCUGCACACGCCUGGCUCGCUCACGGUGUACAUCAAGACGCUCGGUCAGUGGUCCGGCCAGGUGCACGAGUACAUUCGUCAGUGCACGGCUUCCGGUGUCGACCCCGUCGUGUACAUGGACGGCGGGUACGUCUCGCCCGCACUCGUUCCGGCGUCGUAUGAAAAAGUGGUCUUCAUCGGCGGCGGCAUCGGUGUCACCCCGCUCAUGGCCCAGAUCAUGCACGUCCUGUACACGGCGCCGUCGCAGGAAGUCCAUUUGGUCUGGCACCGACGGGUCUCUCGUCCAACUUGCGCCUCCACCUCUUUGUGA